AUGGUCGAGGAGUUUCAUCACGCCGUUGAUGCUCGUCCCACAGAUCAGGGCUCAUGGGAAUAUGCGGGGCCCGGACAAGGGGACGCGUUUGCCGCGACGCCUCAAAACGUGGCUUAUUUCUUGGCUGGAACACGGACUGAAGAUGUGAAGGAAGAUACGAUUUGGUACAUGAACUGGCCAAUGAAACAAAGUGGCGUUUCCCGACGGGGCCCGAAGCGAGAUCACGUUGUUUCCUCUCGUGACAAUUUCACCAUCAAUAGCCGACCAAUUAUUGCCAACCUCAGACCUCCUAUCAUUGAUAUUUCCUUCCUCCUCCCUUUCUACCUUUCUACCUUCUCACCCCAGUCGCUCCUUCAGCACCUCUCCUACAGCCACGAUCUCGCGUUUACAGCAGUCCAGGAGACUUCAAUUCCCGCCCAUCCAAUUUUUGCCUUCCAAAUACCUCCGCCGCUCCUAUCCAUCAAGCGAUACCUCCAAACGGCCAAGGCUUACCCUACUUUCUGA